UAGUUCCGGUGUGUGCCACAACGGUGGAUUCCCGGCGCGAGAAUUCUCCGAGUUCGCUGCAUUUUUUUGACAUUUAAGAGUGGACUAACUCUAAACGAACAUGGCUGGAAGAUUGUCCACAAGACGGAGUGGAGAUAGUUUGGAGGCUGAGCGCCAGAACUUUAUCAAACAGCAGACUAUCAGUGUAUCCAAGGCCAUUAAUGCCGUGGAGGUCCCAGUCAAAGAGAAACAUGCCAGGAGCAUUAUCAUUGGAUCAUUUACCGACAAAGGCUUGACAGUCUUCUGGGCAGCCGUUCUUCGUCUCCCGCUUCAGACGACGUCGAUUAUGUGCUGGAAGUUUUGCCAUACGUUACAUAAAGUGAUUCGCGAUGGCCAUCAAAAUGUUAUGAAGGAUUGUCAGCCACAUGCGGAAUACAUUGGGAGACUGGGAACCAGCUGGAGUCACCACCCAGAUGGCUACGGACGAUUGGUGGGGAAAUAUUGUCAACUGCUCACCAAUCGACUGGAGUUUCACAAAAAGCACCCUCUGUUCCCCGGCGACCUGAAACUAGCCUCUCCAGAGGCAGACUUGGAAAAAAUGGCACAGAAUGACAUCAACGCAUUUUUUCAGAUGUCUGUUGAGAUCUUUGAUCACAUGGAUGCCCUGAUAGCACUGGAGGAAGCUGUUUUCAGUACCUUCAACUUGGCCCGGAGCUUGUCGGUUGCCCCCAAUGGUCAGUGUCGUCUGGCUCCACUCAUCCAAGUCAUCUUAGACUCAGGACUCUUGUAUGACUACAGCGUCCGACUACUCUUCAAACUCCAUGCAUGUCUGCCCGCCGACACGCUGGAGGGUCACAGGACUCGAUUCUUGAAGCAGUUCCGAACUCUCAAGACUUUCUUUCAGACCUCCAGCAACCUCAUCUACUUCCGCAACCUCAUCCAAGUGCCCAGCCUCCCUGACGAACCACCAAAUUUCUUCUUGGCAGCCAAGCAGAGCGACACGUACAUCGAUCCCGCGAUCAUCCUACAGACCAUGGAAUCAUCAACAGACGGUUCCAUCAAAGACAGCCCUCCACCGAGCGUUUUCUCAGAGCCGAUAUUUGAGGAUUUCCCCCCGCGACAAGAGGAGCCCUUGUCAAGCACGGCCAUGCUCCUGGACUUCUCCUCACCACAGCAGAACGGACAGACAUCAUCGCCCCAGCCCCCGACACCCCAGAGAGAUGAGAGGGAUUUUCUGAUUGAGCAGUUGCAGCAAGAAAUCGAGGAGCUGAAGUUUGAGCUGGACCGAAUCCAGCGCGAGGAUCAACGGAUCAUCAAUGAUCUCAAGAAGCGGAUACUGCAUCUUGAAGAGGAACUUCACGAGCACCGACGGCUCAUCGAGAACAGUUAUCAGGAGAACGAGGACUUGCAGACCAAGCUAAAGGAGGAAUCGGUGAAAGCAGAAAAUCUUGUCGCCUCGGCAGCUUUGACGGAUCAACUUGAAGAAGCAGAAAAGAGAGCCAGAGUGAAUGAAGAUAAAUUCAGGAAGAUGAAAGAUGUGUACGGCAAACUCAGAGAAGAGCAUGUUACGUUACUUAGAUCGAAUGCAGAUGUCACUAAACAGCUCAACACUGUGAUGAAGAUGACGGAGGAGUCACAGCUAGCCAAGCUGAACGCCGAGAAGUUCGUCGAGCAGUUGCAACAAUCCGUGGAAGAGAAGUCGGCAGCAGAAGACAGACUCAAGGGCAAAAUGGCCGCCAAGCAAAAGUUGAUACUGGUGGGGGCUAUUGAGGAAGCUGAGCAGAUGAUCAGACAGGUGUUGACACAGAUAGAUGAUCCAGCAUACUCCACAGCUACAUGUACGGCAGAAUAUUUGCUGACACGGUCAGAUAACGUGGACCAGUCUCUGAAUAAGCUUCAGAAGAACUUCCAAGGGUACAUACAGAACAAAGACAGUGAAUUGAAUCUGUUAAUUCGUCACAUCUCAUCUUUCUCCUACACCCUGGGAGAGUACAUAUUGCAAGGCAAAGCGACAUCCAACAUGGCUCCGCUCAAUUUCAGCGAAGGGCUCUCGAGUGCCUGCAAGUCAGCCGGUGAGAGAUCACUGGCUCUCCUCGAGACGUUGAAGGACGACUCACAGACUGAUGGAAUGAACAAAAGUAAACAAAGCUUGGAGGAGGCCUUGAAGGAGAUCAUAAGAAUUGCCAAGGAAUUGUUACCUCAAGAAUCCGACAAUCAGGAAGAAUUUGGUGAUCUGGUGGACCAAGAGAUGCAGGCAACGACAGAUGCCGUGGACAAGGCAGCAGCCAGGAUUGCGGAAAUGCUGAAGAAAUCUCGCCAGGCAGAUACCGGGAUCAAGCUGGAAGUGAACGAGAAGAUUCUGGAUUCUUGUAACGAUCUGAUGAGCAGCAUUAAGAUGUUGAUUGAGAAGUCCAAGUCAUUACAAAGAGAAAUAGUAGCUGAAGGAAGGGGCACGGCCUCUGCUGGGGAGUUCUACAAGAGACAUCACAGGUGGACAGAAGGCUUAAUCUCUGCUGCCAAGCUUGUGGGUGUUGGUGCCACCCAUCUGGUGGAUGCUUCAGACAAGUUGAUGCAAGGCAAGGGCAAGUUUGAGGAGUUGGAGGUCUGCUCCCACGAGAUAGCCGCCUGCACGGCCCAGCUGGUGGCAGCCAGCAAGGUCAAGGCCAACCGGGAGAGCGAGAACCUGAAGGGACUGCAGGGAGCCUCGCGGGAGGUGGCGUCGUCGACGGCCGCUGUGGUCGCAUCGGCCAAGACAGGAGCGCAGCUCAUCGAAGAAGGAGACGUCAAUGAUUUCACCAAACUGUCGCUGACUCAGACGAAACGCUACGAGAUGGAUGCGCAGGUUGCCGUCUUGGAACUGGAGAGUAAACUAGAGAAGGAAAGAGUCAAGCUGGCUGAAUUGAGGAAACGGCACUACCAGCUGGCAGGAGCUUCAGAAGGAUGGGACGAUGAGAACAUUGCACAUAGCUAGUCCCUAACACCACAGGAUCCCAAUGCAGAGGGGUUCUUGGAUUUGCCAAUCCCUGACCAGUAAAGUGGAGACCAACCAAUCAGAGUGGAUGAAACUUCUUGCGAGGAUUUACUCCAGCCAAUCGUAUUUGGUUACUGUUCAAACUUGGCCAAUAAUGCUCAAGAAAUGCAAGUCCAACCGAUUCCAGGAGGUACUUUAUCAUUUUUUUUUUAAUUCAGCCAAUUAGAGUGUAAUCUAUGAUUAUAUAUAAACUACAGGCCAGUUUUCAUUUCUUGGGUAUUGAUAAAUGAUAUAUUGCUAGAACUAGCUUUGAUAAGCAAUCAGCAUAAUCCCAAAGAAUGUGUUGAAGUCUUGAAGUAGCACGUAACCAGCAGAACACCUUGCAACAGAACAUUUUAUUCUCCGUAAUUAUAUCUACUAAUUCCAAGCUCUAAAAUUCCUUGAUUUCAGUAUUUUGCCAUUCAUCUGCCAACUGUUUAGACCAGUUUGUACAUGUACAUCUAUGUUUAUUCCAGCGUACACAAAAUCCAUUCAGGAUCUUUCGCUUGUAACCAAAACAAAUCUGAUUUUGGAGAGUGUAGAAGAUGUGCCUACCUCUUGGGCCAAAGUGAUAACAAGUUUGCCCGUCCAAGUACAUGGACCUAUACACAUCUUGAUUUUUAAUUCUUAUCAGGUUUGUAGGUACCCAGUGUCUUAGGUGAAAUGAUUUUGAGCUUUCCUGUUGCCAAAACAAAAUUAACAAACGGCAUGCCGUCAAGUAAUUUUCCAAAAUCAGUACCUAAAAUUGUCAUCAUGCUGAUCAAUUGUGUAUCAUGUCUAUAACCAUUUCCAUGAGAAGUAUCUUUUUUUUUGUUUAGUCCUGCACAUGGUAAGGGUGGGGGGGUGUGUUCCUACCACAACAUUAAUUAUGGCUUACCACAAGGUUUUAAGUUCCAAAAAUAUGAGCAGGGAUAGUCGGUUUCCCGGAAACGUGAUACUUCACAGUGAAACCACAAGCCCAAACCACAGUUUAAACGCACCCUCAUGUUUGCCACAUCUCAGUUUUGUUUGGUUGAUAUAAAGUUAAAACCCAAAAAAGCAGUGACACAGGAUUUGUGGGUUUCCCACUAUAAUUGAGGAUUAUUGCAGUCUUUGGCUUCGAGUGUUGACGGCAUUCUGCUGAAUUCAGAAUUCAAAACCAGAAACUAUUUCCAGAGCGCAACCUCUAAGAACAAUCCAAUUUGCAUGGUUAUACCUUUUCCUUUGGAGAAAAUAAUUUUGGGUGGAGUUUGGAAUAUCUUAUUGACACUAUAUUUUGUAUCAUAUGUAAUAAUUAUGUCAGGUAUUUGUAGUAAUAUAUGAAUGUACACGGAAGUACCAUUUUUCUACUUCAAACUAUUGGUGCUUGAAGUUCGCUAGCCGAGAUAUUUGCUUUUCUGGAAUGCGCCUCGCUUUCAUUUAUAUCGCAUGAGCUCUUUUCUGCACCGUUUAUGCUGUGGUUAUUUGCGUGUAUAUUUGGACAUGCGCGCUGUUUAACUUUGUGCGUGUUUUGUGGAUAUUUUGAAGGGACAAACAGCGUGGAAGACCGUUAUGUUCUCAUGUAAAAAAAAAUGCAGAAAAGCAAAACUGAAGAUGAAAAUUCCACAAAGCUUUAAGUAUAACGCAAAUUAAUUGUUUGCCGAAACACAAUCAGAAGUACAUUACUUACUAACUCAUCUUUGCGCAGCGCCUUUCUUUUGAGUUCUCCAAAAUGCCUCCUUUUUUCCAUUGCAAUCUGUCGUUGAUAUCAUAAUCUUCUGGCCACACAAAUUAAUUUCUUUUUUUCUCUGUUCGGGGUAAAUCUCGGGCAGACUCAUUUGCCAGCUUCCAAAUUGCCAAUUUGCCGGUGUGGAAGUAUAUCAUUUCAUGAUAAGCAUCAGAGUUUUUGUUACAAUAAAGAGAUAUAUUUACAUUCUAGAUAUUGCGCAUUACUGGUUUGUAAUGCUAGGCAAGGCAUGGUUUUUGGAUGCAACUAGAAGCCUCGCUCACGUAGUUUCCUUCUUUGAUGUUACACUACUUAAAACGUAUAAACAUUGUCUAAAUUGUCUCGUUUGUUUUGCAUUUUUGGUAGAAAGGGAUGCUUGGCCAUUUUUUUUUAUUAGAAAAGAAAUGAAAGGUUUACCCCCAAGCUAAUUUUGUUUUUCAAACAUGGUUUCAGACUGCUUUAUAACAAAAUCCCAAAUUUUUGGCGCUAUUUUUUAGGGUUUUUUUUCUGAGCAGAUAACUAUAGUUUAGCCCCAAAACUUUUUUUACAACUGUUAUUUUAAAAAGUCAGUCCAAGGAGAUCGAUGAAAAAAACAGUCAAAGGUAAAAUUUCAAAUUUUGACCAAAUUUAACAAAAUAGUUGGCUACAACUUGCCAUUUUCUGAUGAGUAUUUACCUUUAGAAAUCAUUUCUGAGAGACUUAAUCUCAUCUCUCAUUUCUGAGAGAUGAAAACCCUGUAUAUUUAUAUUUAGAUCUCCAUGUAAAUAUGAAAUUGAAGAAUAACCCUUCAUUUUUUUCCUGUUGAUGUUAGUGUUUCGACAAAAUUCAUAUUUAUAAGAAAAGCCAGGCUAACCCCUUAGUGUGUCUUUCUGAAAAACAAAUGUCAAAAAUACUGGCAUUGAGAAGAAAUGCAAGGUUAACCUAUUGCCAUUUUAUUUCUUUCAAAUGGCAUUUCUGCGAGCUCAAAUAUUGGCCAUUUUUUGUAUGCAACUUGAACCUUUUUUUUGUCUCUCGAAAUGUCUAUUUGUACACUUGUUACUGUUUACAUAGUAGUUUGUCUGCUUUUGUUAUUUAAAUGCAUGUAAAUAGUUUGGUCUAGGAAGUGUUCUCUGUUUGAAAUUGCGCAAUCUAACCUUUAAAUAUAAGUUCCGAGCUCUAUUUUUCUAAGAAACCUUUGGCCUUGUGGGCAAGCUUGCUGACUGCCAGGCGUCCCUGGAAAAGGAGGUUUUUUUUUAAUGAUACAUAUAAAAGUUUUUUAGCAAAAUUUUGCAUGCCCACCUGGAUUUGAACCCAGGUCCUUGUGCAUAGCAGUCAGUCUCCCUAACCACUAUGCCAUGGCCCUUUCCUGAAAAAAGUGUGCUUGUUUCCAAGUGUUAAACCUUCCACUGUUUGGACUUAGAAUAUUUUCGGCCAAAAUCUGAGUUUGAGAUGGCAGGGUCUGAGGAGCUCAUAGAGGCUCCGGGAUUAACCUCAAAUAUCAUCCAUUUCUUAAAAGGAAAUACGAGGUUAACCUCUCGCUGUUUUAUUUCUCUCCAAAAGCUAUAUUGCUGUAUUUCUUUCUAGAAACAUAAAAAAAAUCUGCCACAUAAAGCUGUCUGAAUGAUUUGGAGAAAAUUGGAAUUAAACAAAAUAGUAAGGUUAACCCUUU